AGUCAGAAAUGAAAAAGGCUGCUUCUUAAGAAUCUAUAUCUUUGGAAAUUUAAUGGACUUCCUGGAUAUUUUAUCGAACCUAACAGACAGCUGGUAUCUGUAAUUCUGGAUAUCAAUUAUCUAUUGUAGCAGCCACCCCUCAAUCACCUGCUCGGCUGCUCGUAUAAAACAGCUGAAGCAUCGCAGACGCAUACCACUCGAGUUGAGCAAGCAAACAGAAACCUCCAUGGCUGCCCACUCUCUCCCCGAUCCGUUUCCAUGGCCACUGCUCCCUCUACUCGUGCCACUCUUUCUACUUCCUCUCCUCUACCUCUUCUUCAGGAGAAAAAGCGGAGCACACGGAGCGGAAAGAAGUGCUCCUCCGGGUCCCCCGAAGCAGCUGCCGGUGCUGGGCAACCUCCUCCAGAUCGGAAGCCGGCCACACCGGUACUUCCAGGCGGUCGCACGGCGGUACGGCCCCGUGGUGCAGGUGCAUCUAGGCCGCGUGCGCACGGUGGUGGUCUCGUCGCCACAGGCAGCCAUGGAGGUCCUCCGGACCAACGACCUGCACUGCUGCAGCCGGCCCAACUCACCAGGUGCAAGAAUGCUGAGCUACGACUUCCUUGACGUGGCCUUCAGCCCCUACAACGAGUACUGGCGCGAGAUGCGGAAGCUCUUCAUCCUCGAGCUGCUCAGCAUGCGGCGCGUCCAGUCCUUCUCCUACGCCAGGGCUGCCGAGGUCGACCGCCUCGUCGCCUCCCUCGCCAGCUCCCCUCCGGGCGCCAUCAUCGACCUCAGCGAGAAGCUGUACGUGCUCUCCGACGGCAUCAUCGGCACCGUGGCCUUCGGGAAGAUGUACGGGUCGGCGCAGUUCGAGCGGAGCAGCUUCCAGCGGGUGAUGGACGAGACGCUGCGGGUGCUCGGCAGCUUCACGUUCGAGGACUUUUUCCCGGCAUCGCACCUCGCACGGUGGGCCGACGUCCUCACCGGAGCCACAGGGCGUAGGAGGAGCAUCUUCCGCAAGAUCGAUGGCUUCUUGGACUCGGUUAUCGACAAGCACCUGGAGCCUGAGAGGCUGCAGGCUGGGGUGCAGGAGGACAUGGUGGAUGCGCUGGUGAAGAUGUGGAGGGAGAAGGAUAACAAGGCUCUAGGACUAACGCGUGAUCAUAUCAAGGGAAUCCUCAUGGAUACAUUUUCGGGAGGUAUUGACACUUGCGCUGUCACUACGAUCUGGAUCAUGUCCGAGCUCAUGAGGAACCCGAGAGUCAUGCGGAAAGUGCAAGCCGAAGUGCGCAGCUUGGUGAGGAACAAACCAAGGGUGGACGAAGAAGAUGUCAAGAACCUCGAGUACCUUAAGAUGGUGAUAAAAGAAAAUUUCAGGCUACACCCACCAGGGACCUUGUUGAUUCCUAGGGAAACCAUGCAAAGCUGCGUGAUCGGCGGCUACGAUGUGUCACCAGGCACGAGAGUAUUCGUAAACGUUUGGGCUAUGGGCCGAGACGCUAGCAUAUGGGACAACCCGGAGGAGUUCUAUCCUGAGCGGUUCGAUGGAAGCCAUGUCGAUUUUAGAGGCUCAAACUUUGAGCUGCUCCAGUUUGGCUCGGGACGGAGGGCCUGUCCUGCGGUGGCCAUGGGUGUCGCUAAUGUGGAGCUUGCACUUGCCAACCUGCUAUAUUGCUUUGAUUGGGAACUUCCAGAGGGGAUGAAGGAGGAGGACAUUAAUAUGGAGGAAACAGGGCAACUUGUUUUUAGAAAGAUGGUGCCUCUUUGUCUUGUGCCUAUUAAGCGCAUAUAGGUGGGUUGUAAGAUUGAGUACGAGCGACUACAUUGUUUCUAAUAUUUCAUUCAAAUAAACUUGCUUUAAUA